AAGCAGGAAAGUGCAUGAACGCAGCUCCGAGCGAGCUUCCGGAGCUCUGUCCAACAGGCAGGAGCAGCGGUUCUGCUCUCCGCGGAUCCUCGGAAAAUGCCAGAGGCCGGUGCCGGCGUCCUCCUGCUCCGGGCUUGCCUGGCACUGCUAGCCUGGCCCGUCUACCUGCUGUCCUUCCUGGGCAUGUGGGAGCCUUUCUGCAGGAAGGUCUUUUUCCCUUUCAUCCUAGAAAAGAUUGGCGCAGCUCACGAGAAGAAAGCAAAGAAGUACAAGCAGGAGUUAUUCCGUAACCUGCCUGAUUUUAGGGGCCCCUCCGGGGAGCUGAGGCUGCUGGAGAUCGGCACGGGCGGCGGCACCAACUUCCAAUUCUACCCAGCGGGCUGCAAAGUCACCUGCACCGACAUCAACCCGCACUUCCAGGAGAGCCUGACCAAAAGCAUGAAGAAGAACCAGCACCUCCACUACGAGCAGUUCCUGGUGGCCGCAGGAGAGGACCUGCACCAGGUGCCCAGCGGUUCCGUGGAUGCUGUGGUUUGCACCUUGGUGCUGUGCUCCGUGCACAGCGUCAGCAGCACCCUGAGAGAAGCACUCCGGGUGCUCCGGCCGGGAGGAGUUUUCUAUUUCUUGGAGCACGUGGCCGCUGAGCAUUCCAGCUGGAGGUAUUUUUGGCAGCAAGUCUAUUACCCGACUUGGAAGCUCGUCUUUGCUGGAUGCUGCCUCACGAGAGAGCUGUGGAAGAAUCUGGAAGAGGCCAAAUUCUCGGAGCUGAAGAUCCAGCACAUCAGCGUGGCGAUGCCCUGGAUGCCCAUCGAGCCACACAUCGUGGGGUACGGGGUGAAGUAACCCCUGUCCUGCCCCCCAAAAUUCCUCAUCGUGACCAACACACCUGGCAGGGCACAGCCUCCUCCACACGUGCCCAUAUCAGUAACACGGUGAGGGACUUAAAUCAGAACCCAAACUGCCAGCUGAGAAGAAAGGGUCAAUUUUCUGAGUGUCUCUGAAUCACACAAUCAACAAAGCUGGAAAAGUCCUUUUGGAUCAGAGUCCAACAGCUAACUCAGCACCAGCACCAUGCUCACCACUAAACCAUGUCCCAAGUGCCACAUCCACACGUUUUUUGA